AUGAAGGCCGAGGCAGGGAGGAGCCCCAAGGGCGAGUCGCCCACCGCGGUGUACCUCCAGGUGUACCAAAAGAUGAGUAUAUACUACGAGUGUGCAAUCAACGAAGAGGAGAGAAAAAACAAAAGAAUAUUGAAAAAAAAUAAAAGCAUUCCCGAGUUGAAGCAAGUACAGAAAGAGCUAAUCGAUUUCUUUGAUCAGAACGUGGAGCUGUUUGCCAACCCCUUUCAUUUCUUGCAAUACGAAGAGGAAGACGUGAACAAAAAUGACCUCAGAAAUUACAUCACGGAUAACUACUCCUACUUAUUAAGCUACAUGGAAGAUAUCAUAAAAUGCUCCGUGAUGCUAAACCGAAGUGCAAUGUGUGUGUGCUCUAUGUUCAAUGAGGUGUACCAAAGAAUUCAAGACGAGGGCGUAAAAAGCGAACUGACAAAGUCUGAAUUCAUCUGUGAAGUUUUUAAGGCCUGCAUUGAAAAGGAAAACUUAAUCGUCAUGAUAUUUUUUUCCAUUUUGAAUUACCUGAACAGAGAUGAGAAGGUCGGAGUGACCACCAGAUAUGGACACGUCAGAUCGUCCAAAGGUGACUACUGCAGUGAGGAGAGGGAAGAAAAUUUGACUGACAUGGAGGGGAGGAGGCGCGGACAGGGCGAGGCAGACAAUGCUGACGCAGAUGAUGGCGAGGCAGACGAGGCAGACGCGGAGGAUGAUGACUUCAGGCCGUCCAGCGGAGCCACCUCCUCGUCCAACAACUCCAUCAGCAGCCUGCGCAUGCCCAGGAGAAUCUUCAGGGAGAGUAACAACCCCAGCAGCAGAAUUAACGCCGACAGAUUUUCUCUAUACAUUUUGACCCAACUGACAGAAAAUGACUUCGUAGAGAAUAUACUCUCCGAAGUGGAAAAAAUCCUAAAAUUUAUCCUCAAGUAUGACGACAUAUGUAUAAAAAUGGAUUACGUCUUUAGCUACAAAGCUCAUAAGAUAAACGUUCUAUUCAAUCUGAUGGAUAUCCUUUUUUUGUAUUUUUCUAAAUUUCAAGCUAGCAGCACACACGUCACUAGCUUAUUUAAGCUCAUUAACCAUGUGGUGUCAGCAAAGUACUUCGAUUUUGUGAGCACAGAUCAUUACGUGAAGGAGCUCGACAGCAUGCUCUUUGUUCAUGCGAGGAAGAAGAGGAAAAGGUUUUUUAAAUAUCUGAGAAAUGUCCGUAACAAUAAAUUCGUUUCCCAGAUGGAGGAGUACUACCGGCUCGACAUGCCUGUGGAUUCCUUUGGACAGAUCGGUCCAGUGGAGGCCGUCCCCUUUGGCACUCAACAAACCGGUGUCACUGCUCAGAAUGAUAACAGCGGGGCAGGUUUCAUUUUGGGAAACAUUCCCGGAGGGGCGGAACAGAAGCCGCUUGGCGGGGUCGCUCUGACUGGGGGAACCACCCCACAGGGGAACCUCCCGAACAUCUUAAUAAAUGGUCAGGAGGGAAGCGGCAAGGGGGAAGACACGUCAGGGAGUGCACCUGCCAACGCAGCAGGAAGCACAAUAGCAGGUACACUCGGCAACGCCCCAGAAACCACUCUGCAGAACCAGGGGAGCGCCUUCCCGGCGGCGGGGGUGUUUUCCCCUCCACAUGUGUCUCGGGACGGAAGACAUAAGCUUUAUGAGCAACAGAGCGACAAGCUUAGGAGCAACCACUACCUUAAUCGAUGCCUAGACUGCCAGGGAUACUGGUACAACUGCAACUGCAGCUUAAACGAUUUCGACAUGUCGAGUCCAACCCUAACGACGCAGAUCAGCCUGCUGCUCAUAUUGUGUCUCCACCCGAAUGUAGAAAAAUAUGUGUAUGAGAAAAAGAAAAACAUCCUUGUGGCGGAGUCCUCCCCUAGCAAGGAAAAGGAAGACGUUAACUUCCUACUCGAACGGAAGAAGGAAAAAAUGAAUUUUCAGAAUUUUUACUACCCCGACACGUGGAGGUAUAACUGUAUGAGCUCGCAGAAGGAGCUAAAACAUCUGAGCAGUUUGAAGAACACUUACUCUGUGACUUCCUCCUUCAUAAAAGAGAACGUGUCGCACUAUUAUGCCUUCUUUACUAAGAUAAGUGAGGAGGAGAAGCGGAAGAGGAAGAACAGCAAAAGUGCGGACAGGAUGUUUGGUGGGUCUAGACAAACAUCAGCAGAGGAACAGCAUAACCAGGGGGACGAUUUCUGGAAGGGUGCUAAUGGAUUAGAAGGGGGAGAGCAUUCCAUGGAGGUGGACCCGAAUGGGAUAAUAUUACGAUUUGUUGUCAGCUUAUUCACACACAACAAGGAGGAUAUUUUCUGGGCCAUCUUCGAAGGGAAUUUUUUCCGAGUGUUUUACGACGUGGUGCUUAAGAAGAUCUCCAGUGCAACUCUUGUCGGCACUCUCAUGUUUCACCUUUUUCACAUGUUGUUUUUACACUCCUUUAUAAGGAAUUCCAGGACGACGGACCUUUGGAAUGCCUUCAUUGAUUUUCACAUAAAGAGGGAUUUUCAAAUUAGGCGGAUGAGGAAGAAGGGGGGGGAGGGUUUAGCGGUUCAGGGUGGAGGACUACUCAGAGUGGGGGCCAUGGACCACGCUUCAUUGGGUCACUCCACAUUGGACCCCGCUUCAUCGCAUCACGUUGCAUCGGAUCUCCUCCCUGGGGAGGUAACCCACACCGAUGAUGCCCCCCUCCUCGUGGACGCGUCCGAGUUCUACACGCCCCGAAGAAGAGACGGUACCUCCCCCAGAGAACAAGCAGCCCAAUACGGGCCAAACAAUAUUAUCCACAUAUAUAAGCGAAAGGGAGAGUACAUAAUCGAUGUGCUCACCUUUUUGAAGAUCCUCUGUAAUAACUACCCUCGAUUGGUAAAAAAAUAUGUCUGCAUUUUGAAAAGCGUAAUUAAUCGAUACCACUCUCGCAUCAUGGAGUUUUCCCAAAUGGACGAAGCGAUUUUCCACCACAAUGUGAAUCAUCAGACGAAGGAGUACGCCACGAGGAAGGGAAGCAGUGACUUCGAUCAUCUCUAUAACGGCAAAGAAAAUAACCUGGUCAGCAUAAAUGAAGAAAGGAGAAUCAUCCUAAUGAGAUAUAAAAAUUUAAAAAUAAUUGCUGAAGAGAAAAUGAGAAUCUGUCUAGACUUUUACUCCGACGUUUUUGUCACCGUCCUGGAUUUUGCCUCCGUCCUAUGUAACAACCUCUACGACCUCAGGGUCAUCGAAAAUGUCGUCCUUUGCUUUAAGACCCCCCUUACGGCCAAUUUGAAUAUAUUCAAUCUGACGAAGAAGCUCUAUAAUCAGUUUGUCUCCACUCUCUUGGGCAAAUAUAAUGAGUUCUCAAAAAUGACCAACCAGCAGAAUAUAUACGAGAGGACCAAAAAUAACGAUCGGAGCAAUGUUCUUCACUUCUUGGAUGACAGGAAUGUUAUUGGUGGGACGAGAUCCCUUGAAAAGGAUUCCUACCGGAGUGUCCUAAACGGGCGCAUUUUCUCCACUCCAUCAUCGGUGGAGGGCUCAAAUGGAGGAGAACUCGGGGGAGUCUCUAAUCCCCUCCGCGCCGGAGGAGCAUCCACACCAGGGGAGGGAGCCACCUCCAUAGGACCAAGCAGCCGUAGCAGCAGCUCCUACGCCACCUACCUGCACUACUUCAAAAUUCUACUGAUUGAAAAACUGUAUGAACAGAACAACGCGCUGAAGGCCAUUUUGAAGAACCACCAAAUAUUGGAGUACCUACAAAACAACAACGUUUACCUGAACAAUCUCAUAAAGGAGAACGCACUUGUGGAGAAACAUCUGCUCGAGCGGGGCGUCUUCAAAUACGACCGUUCCAAGUAUGAGGGGUUCUGCAAGAGGCUGUCUCUGCAGAAGGACCACUACGCGGGGUGCGUGCGCGAGGCGAACGGACUGCUGCAGGAUAUCACACUGGGGACGGAGAAGCUGCGUCCCUUCGCGGGUUCGAAGUUGGUGCGGGGCGGAGGGGCCAACGCGACGACGGCGAACGCGGGUACUGCCUCUGCCAAGGGUACUGCCUCUGCCACGGGUACUGCCUCCGCCACGGGUACUGCCUCCGCCACGGGUACUGCCUCCGCCACGGGUACUGCCUCCGCCACGGGUACUGCCUCCGCCACGGGUCCUACCCCCCUCUUGGUGAAGAUCCUCGAGCAGGAGAACUGCAUCGACUACCUCCUGGAGGAGAACAAGCUGACAGAAAACCUGUUGCGCGAAAACAACUUCCUCAAGGGCGAGUUCAGACGGUACAACGUGGCGGAUGCUCUGUUCCGAAAUAACCUGGACGAGGCGCAGCUGGAGGGGCUGAAGACAAUCACACAGAAGGAGUAUGACGUGAAGCAGAUCCUAGACUACGAGGAGAAGAUAAAAAGCAUCAGCAAGAACAAUGACGGGUCGUACAACAACAAAGAGGCGAUAAAAAUCUUCUUCGAGGAAAACAAAAACGCAAUCGAUUUCUUCCUAGACAGUAAGCAUAAAGUGUCCCUCUUUAAGGACGACGAGUUGGCCUCCACGAAUGAAGACAUUAUGAAUCGAGCCAAAGUGAUUCUCAAAAAUGAACUUCAGAGUGAGAAAAAAGGGACCAACAUCGAUGCGAGAUAUCUGCUAGAAAACAUAUUUGAGCAAAAUGUAUAUCCGUACAAUUGCCUGAAAAUGCUGGAGAAGUGUCUCCUCUUCCUCUCCUCCGUGAAUAAUAACAAGUUGUGCUACUACUUGCCACUCAAUAAAAAUCUCCUAAUUGACUACAUCCUUCUGGAGCAGUACGAAGGGGGGGGUAGCGGCGGAGCAUCCAACACCAUGAACGUGGGAAACCUCAAAUCGGAGCAGAAAACCACACAGUACCGCCUCACCCAUGACAGAAACCUAUUUAAAAUAAAAAAUCGAAAGUACAAUAAUCUCAUCUCACUUGUCGACACGGAGAAUCUCAUCAAUACAACCAACUUCAGAAAUGUGUUCAUUCACAAUCUCAAUUUACAAAACAAAGUGAGUGAAGCAAAGGAUAGAAACAUCAAACAAUACAGAACGAUGCACCUCCUGGACAUACUAUAUGAAAUAAUUAAGACAAAAUAUAACUCACAGAUUGAUGUCAUCGAUUUGAAAUGUCUCUGUAUAGAAAUCCUUUGCUCGAGCUUCGUGAAGAACUCCUCCUCUGCUCUGUCCGUUUUGUGCACACUUACGGAGGUUUUCCCUGAUCUUCUUUUUGAAGCCACUAAACGGUAUAACGAACAGAAUGACCGGUUGAGGAAGCACUUCGAGCACGUGGAUAGGUUAGUCUCUUUGGGGCACCUCAAAAAUAACACACUGGAACUUCUCGCUACGAAUUUCUCCAUCCCGUAUUUUAAUCUCAAAAUUGUAAUUACCUUUAUGAAGUGCGUUAACUUCUUAUUAUACAUGAUUGGCAUUAAGAGGAAGUUUAAUCUGUCGCUGACUCGUAUAUGGCACUUUUUCAAUAACAUCGAUAAGAUUGACGAGAUAGACCGGAAGAUUCGACGCAGGGAGGGGCAACAGGAAGAAGGACCCUUCGGACGAGGCGGCGGGCACGACCCCAGGAAGAAGGGCUAUUACUCUGACCACGGGGGGGAUGCCUACCACAGUGGGAGGAAAGCGCCCAAAGGAAGGAACUACAUCUUCUUCGACAUCUUUUUUAACUUUGACCGAUUCUUUGACGAGCUCUACACGGAGGAUGAGAAUGAGCAGCAUGAGCAGGAGGAGAAUCAGGAGGGGGACUAUCCUGACAAAGACAACGGAAGCGCAGUGAAGCGGAAGAAGAAACAGUCCAGUAGCCCAUCCCUUGGAGGUGCAGCGCAGAGCGGUGGUCACCAAAAGAGCGCCAGCAACAACGCGGGAGCAGCCGGAGCAGCACCUUCCGGGGGAGCACCGGGAUGGAGCCUGGGCAGGCGGAACCAAAACGCGGACCCACAGCAUGACGACAAUGACGACGUUUACGAAACGUGUCUGAAGAAAAAACUGAUGAUUGACGAUUUUGAAAAAAACGUCUGCAAGCAUUUAAUCCUUCUCACCAACUACAUCGUCCAGAACGUCUUCUACAAUCUUGUAAACAAUUUUGUCUUAAAAAAGAUUAGAGAAAAGAAAUACGAAAAUGAAGAUCAGCUAGAUGAGAAUGUCAAGCUUGAAUUCUUCAUGAACCAACAAGAGAACUCUCUCUUUAGAAGGAGAUACAACUACUACAUGCAGAAGUCCAAAAACAUAGAAGCUCAAAUUGUCAAAUUGCAGAACGAGAUUAAUGUCAACACGACGAACAUCUUGCAGAUGGAGCAGAUUCUGAAGCAGAACGCUGUUCCUUUUGAGCCAUAUGUUUUUGCUCAGAGAAUGCUGAACAGGUCGUUUGGCGAGGUGGGAAAUUUUGGGGACACUCUUUAUUCCCCUCCCGGUGUGACACCAUCCAGUUUGUUAUGCCCUUCUCUCUUUAACCAACAGAGCAGCACUACUCCAGGGGGGCCCCUUGCCACAGGUGGGACGAACACUACGCUAUUCAACGAAAGGAACCUCCUCGGGAUGAAUUCUUCACCCUUAUCGACUGGGUUGCCAAUCACAGGACAGGCCACUCAACAAUCAGGACUGCUAACCCAAGGGGGUGCUACAAGCAGCCUCUUCGGUUCUGCACCCAAUAGUUUGAUGAAUAACUCAACAGGAGGGACAGCGGCAACGACCAUGGGGGGGACUGCCACCAUGGGAGGGGCAACCCCUGCGGCGAGCUUCUCUUCAUUAAUGGCCGGCGGGACGCUUAACAAAGGAGCGGCCGUAGGAACCACGGGUGGCCUAUUUAACACCCCAACCAGCGCCCUAGUAACGAACAGCAGCUCAAACAAGACAACAGGCGGAUCUUCCCUCUUCGGAUCAAAUAUGACUUCGUCCACAAGCUUGUUCGGCCCUUCGAGCAGCACAAAUAGCUGUGCAUUCGGGGUCAAUCAAAGCGGGGCUGCUUCCAACAGCGCCUUGCUCAGCAACACGAACAAGCUUUUUAGCAAUCCCGCGAGGGGCACGUCAAACCAGAUGCUUCCACAGGGAGGAGCCUCAUCAGGAGGAAGUGGAUUAGGCCAAGUGGGAAGCAAUCUCUUCGGAACGACGCAGCAGAGUGGAGGCAAUCUCUUCGGAACGACGCAGCAGAGUGGAGGCAAUCCCUUCGGGGGCAGCAUCUCGUCCAACCCGAACCAGCAAUUCUUGCAGAACAACGUAGGCUCUCAAUUUGCAAAUGCAGCAUCUAGUGGCCUAAACAAGCCCAGUUUGUUCACCCCAAUUAACCAAAACAGUAUCUUCACGAGCACGUCCCUAUUAUCAGGCAACAACACGUCUAACUCGUUAUUCAGUACGAAUAGGACUGGCACAAAUGCAUCGUCCAGCAGCCUUCUUAGCGGCAGUCCAAACACAAACACUUUGUCUAACCCGCUUGUUCAAAAUAACGGAGCGAGAGCGAGCAACUUCGGGAAUGCUGUAACGUCUAGAGGGGAACAGAAUCAGAGUUCGAAUUUUAUGCCUUCACAGAGCGGGGGCUUACAAGGAACAGGCUUACAAGGAACAGGCCUACAGACUACCGGCUUCUUCUCACAAGGGGCGGGCACCUCCUUCAGUAGCAACCCCACGCAGAACCAGAUGGGUAACCAAGCAAUGCAGUCAACCUCGUCUUUUCCCUUUGUGAACAAGUUUGGCGCGACCGGGACAACUACGUCCUCCUCUACGAAUAUGUUCGGAGGAGGAACCGCCACAUUGUCAAACCUGGGCAGUGGCACUAAUCCCAGUGGAGGCACUCUAUUCGGGAGUAGCUUAUCCGGUACACAUCACUCACUGGGACAGAACAACGCAGGGAAUCUCCCUCCCACCACCGGAACGAACAACUCGCUGAGCCCUUUUUCAGGCCAAACAAACUCGUCCCUGUUGUCCAGUCAGGGUGCUCACCAGAGGACGGGCCUCUUUGGAAGCGGCAACAUGUUUGGUGCGGCUUCUCAGCCGGAUGGAAUGAGCGGAAUGGGGGGACUUCUCGGGUCGGUCCAGAACGUGGAGCAGCUCAAGGGCCUCUACGAAAGUUUGAAGGUGAAGACGAACGCACUCUACGCAGAGGUGUACAAGCAUCGGUUCGAAUUGAGGAAGAACGAAUAUAACCUGCUGAAGGAAAAGAAAAUCCAAAUAAUUAAAGAAAACAAAAUGAGAGACACGAAGAGCAAAGCGGACAUCAACUUUAAGGACAGAGAAAUGUACAUUCUGAUAGUGCUCGUUUUUAUGUACUUUAAGCUAAUUCUGAAGGGACCUUUGCCCCUGAACGAUAACAACAGAAGCAUGAACCGAGUGAUGAAUGAGCGGUUCGAUUUUUCUUGUGACUUCAGACCUACGAUGUAUCUGUUUGACCAGAUUUUAGGAGAGUCAAAUAAGUUUAUGAGCAUAUUCCUGAAUGUAAUUUUCUUGGAUAAUAUCAUGCACGAGGAGAAUCGGGCCCUGCAGGAGAUGAUUCUCAAAUGCAAGAACUAUGUUGACUACAUCAGUGUGUUCAGCCAGCGGAGGAGCCUCUUCCUCAGGAGGGGCGGCGGAACCGAUGUGAACGUGAACGUGAACGCGAACCCGGCUUCUCCCUCGAAGGGUGACGUGAAUGCGAAUGCAAUUUCUGCCUCGAAGAGCGACACGAACGCUGCUUUGGGCCCGAAGAACGACCUGUUCAGCUCAGCCACAUGCCAAGUUUACUACGAGAAGAAGAUGCAAUAUCUGACGUGUUCCUACUCCAAGGGAUUCUACACAUCCCUCUUCUUGUGCAGAGUAAAAGCCCUAGGGUUCGACAUCCUGAAGAUCCUCUUCGAGCGAGAUGUACUCUUUAUCCAUAUGUACACUCUCUGGAAAAAUGAAAAAAUGCUACACAAGAAGAUUGACAAAUUCCAUUUCGACAUCAGCUUAGUCGAUGCGAAUGGUGCCAAGGGUGAGGCUGCCACCGCCGCCAGCACAGGGGGAAGGAUAGCAAAUGGAGCAUCUUCGGGAGAAGCUUCCGGAGCACUUUCAGGAGAAGCAUCCGCACCAACUACCGCAACCGUUGCCACCGAAGCAGGGGCAGACGCAGGAGAAACCCUUACCGGAAAAGACAUAAGCAUCACCGAAUCCUUGUGCACUCCAAUGUGUGUCCACAACUUUCUCUUUAAAAACAUCAACGUGAAUUCAAGGACCACCUACCUCGUCCUCUUACUGAAAAAUUUCCUCAGGACAAAAGAGAUGGACAAAAUCAUCAUAUAUCUGAUUCUACAGAUUUUCAUCCGGGAUUGUAGAACAACCAUUAACAUACUUAAAAGGGACAAAGAAUCUUUUAAUUUUUUGAAAUAUGCCUUGCGUAUCAUUUUUAUAUUUCACCUGAACAGACAGAAGUUUAGCAACUGCUAUGUCAUUUCUAAUAGGACCAUCCAGAUGGAACGGAUUGUGCAUAACUUUGUGGACCUACCUCUUUUGUACUUCCUCCGACGGGCUUCCAACCGUAGGGGAAGCCGAGCCUUUGUGAAUGCCAAAGGGAAAAAGGGACUUGCCACCCAAGGGAGUGUAGGGCUGCGCAGUAAGGAAGUGCUAAACACUACAAGCUGGUUAACGUACUUAAAAAAUCAGAAGGAGAGAAAUGGCUGCGCAGUGGAAGACGAAGAGAGUGACCCUCGUGAUGAAGGUGAACAAUGUGAAGAAGGCCGUCUGCAGGGUAGAGGAAGCCAAAGAAAGUUUCACCCAAGCAGGAAAAGACGAGUGGGAAUGACAGCAGAGCACCCAUUUGACAGAAGCGGAAUGGAUAAACACUCCCGUGGGGCAGGAGAUCCUUAUAUUGAUGACGAUGAUGAUGACGAAGGGAACCAGGAUGAUGAGGAGGAGAGCAUCUCGUAUGGGGACACAGAUCAGUAUGACGAUGCGGAAGAGGAAUACGAUGAGGGGAGUUACUCACCAUAUGAUGGAAGGCACUCUCAGGAUGACGGCGUCCCCUACGCCGACGGCGAGGACGACGUGGAUGAGGACGACGCGGAUGGGGACCUCCUCUACCUCAGCGACAACCUGUACGGAGGUGCAAACAGCAGAGGAAGGGAAUUGAGGAGGCCACGUAGAUCCCCGCGACGACGCCUCCCCUCGAGACGGAGACAGAGAGGAGAACCCCAAAUGGAUGACGAAUUAUUAACCACGUACCGACGUCUGAGAUUGAACAAAAAGAAACAAAUGAAGUAUAUGUAUGACUACCUCUCGGAUAACGAUAUUAUUGACACCAUUAAGAGUAAAAAGAUAUGUGUGUUUUAUGACAACAAAGAAAAGGAAGAAGACAAGGAGAACCUCAGUUUGUACAACCUAACUUGUGAAGACAGCAAUGACAAGUACUGCAGGGAAGACUACUACAAGGAGAUAAAGUCAAUCGAUUCGAACCUGGUGGGGUAUUGCAGCUCGUACAAUUUUCUUCCUAUUAACAACUUUUACACGGAGAAGUACGAUUUUUUGGAGACCGAGCUUGUGCACGUGAGCGAUCUGAGGCUCUACCUUUACGUCAAGUCGUUUAAGCGCCACGCGUACUUUAAGAGGCUGCUCAGGAUAGAGAACGCGGUUGGCGGUGCAGGGGUUAGCGGAGGGGUUAGCGGUGGGGCAACCGGAGAGGAAACGGGAGAGGCAACCGGAGGAGGAGGAGCCCAGGACGCGCCGCUCAGCUCGCCGCCCAACUCGCCGCUUAACACCAACAAUGGCAACCCGAACACGCAGGAAGAAUCCCAGCCAUUCACCAACGAACGGAAUAGCUACGACAAAACGGACGAGGCAAAAGACAUAGAAAGGAUGAUCGAGAGGGAGUUAAAAUUCUAUGACUUCUUCAACCGACUGAACAAAUUAAACGAAAACAUGUUGUUUCCGAGCACCUUUCAAGACAGCAGAGAGGAACAAAUGAAGUACUUUGACCACAUAAAAAAAGCGAUUAGUGGUGAAAAGGAAAUUUAUGGAAAACAGUACCAGGAGAGCCUGCUUAUUCCGAUAAAGGAGCUGCUGAAAGAGAAGAAGGAGGAGGCAGCCAAAACGCUCAGCACAGAGAUGAAGAGAAAACAAAUCUUGCUCAACAACGAACUCUGCGAAUGGAUCGAACUGAGUCAUCUUCUUAAUGUCGACAUUGACUACAACGAUAUAAGAGGUUUGAACAAGAAUCGCCUCCUCAACAGUUAUAGUAAAAUUUCCAUCACAAAACUUAUUCUUUAUUUUUAUGAAGUGCUCACGAGGAAGUUUCUCUUUCUGAACAACUCGGACUCUCUGAUUGAGAAUUGCAUCUUGUCUCUCCUAGGUCUGUCGUUCAUUCCAGCCAAGCACAGUGAGAAGAAGAAUGUCCUCACUACUGUCGACGAGGGUAUGGAGAUGGAGCAUCAGUGCUUCCUGAGCACCAUGAUUGAUAGCGUCAUCGUGGACUUCUCCUGCUUCGAGAGUGUGCGUGAGUUGAUACACGUGGAUUACCGCCCCAGGGGGGGGGACCAGAUGAGGCAGGAACGGGAGGAAGAAGAAGAGGUGGAAGAGGAGGAGAUGGAAGAGGAAGACGAAGAAGCGGACGAGGUCAGUUAUGCUGACUCGCGCUUCCCCGAAGGGAACCGCGUGGAUCAUCCCCCCUACGGAGAGCGCUCAAAAAAGGGAACCAAUCCCGCCGCUAGAAACGGAAGGAAGAGCGAAUACUACAAAAGGAACUGCUACAAACGGGAUUACUACCGAAGGAACAUCCACCUGAGCAACCUGAACAACUGGAGGCAAUACAACAUAUUCGAGAAAAACUCCUUCCUUACCAAAAGCCUUAACAUACUCUACAUGAUCGUAAAAAAUCAGAAAAUCAAGGACUACAUAAUUUUUCUGAUAAGCACCAUGUGGGUAAACAAGUUCAAUGUGUUUUAUUACCUGACCCAGAAUGUGGAGAUAGAAAAAUUGAAGGACACAGAGAAAAUCGUCUUUUUUAGAAUAUCCUUCCACAUUUUAAAUGUUUUCGUUCCCAUCAUUGACCACAUAUUGAAUAACAUCGACAAGCACGUGGAGCAGCUCAUGGACAUGGAUUUCUCCAUAGGGGGUGAAGAGGACAGAGAGGAAAGGAGCGAGGCGAACGCUGCAAUGAUUGCAACUGAGCAGCAAUACAAGAAAGAGGCACAGAUAAAAAAAGGACGACAAAAUGUUAACCCAUUUGACUCCAUCGUCAAUGAAGAUAACUUCAAUCAGAAGAAAACACUCUUUGAGUUUUUGAACCCCAUCUUCAAUUGUGAGAACGCGAACAAUUUUGUAAGCCAUUACCUGCACAUGGUCAGAAGCUACAAUGACAGCUAUUUGAAGCACUACAUUUAUCAUUACUAUUUGUUUAAUUACGAUUUUAACUUUCAGAGUGUGUUCAAUUUUUCCAACAUCGAGUUUCUGCACUAUGUGAAGAAUGACACGGGGGGGCAAUCGGACCGGCUGCACCUCUCUUUCGACAGAAAUGUGCAUGUGCUGUACACCAGCAUCAUUAAUACGUAUGUCAACUUCUGUGGUGUCCGGGCUGCGGUAGGCGGUUCUACACGCGGUACUGUAGACGGUCCUGUACGCGGCGGGGUGGCCGCGGCGCUCAUGCGCAAGUACGACGACCCACUGUCGCAGGCGGAUGUUCUGGUCGAGCUGGGCCCAGGUGGAGGAGUGCCCACCGAAAAUGACGACCACGUGGAAGAUGUCCAAAGGAACAAUCGCCUGAACGGUUCAGGCAAAAAUUUCAACUUUCAGGAUUUGAAUGAGAUUAUAGGGAACAAGACGUACCUGCGGAGGUUCCUGAACAGGUAUUACCUGAACCGGAGUUGCCUGCAGGGGGGCGGGGACCAGGUCUCCCCCAGGAGGAGGUCCUCCAAGGGGCCCGGAGGACACACGGGUAAGCGACUGCGGAGGGGGGUCAGCAGUCGGGUUGGAAGCCGCAUGGUCAGCAGAGCUGAUGUGCCACUCUCGAAGCAACGGUACCUGGAAAAAAGCGUAUACAUCUUUAACAGCCUCAACUACCUGAACAUAAACUACAAGAACUGGCUCCUGGUGUACAAGACGUAUAUCGAAAAAGUCACGUACCUCGUUGACCUCAUCCUAAAGAUCAGAAAUAACCGUGUGAACAGAAAAAUAUAUUACCUAAAAAAUUACCUGUACAUAAUUAACAACAUACAGAAACAUCUCAGGGGAAUCACCUGCAUUAUUAAGUCCUCCCACUACAUCAACUUCAAUAUUCAGAUCACCCCCAUUAUGUUUAUUGUGUACCUGUUUAUCACGAUAUUCUUCUUUUCUCACAAUAAUUGUUUUGCCUUUAGCUACCUGGCGCGCAACAACCGGGGGUUGAAGAAUCUGCUAAAGGGUAGCAAGGAGGGAGCCUUCUCGUUGUGCGGGCAGGGCGAGUCGGAAGAGGAAGCGGAUGGCAAAGGGGAUGCCAAAAUGGACGGCAAGGCGGAUGCCAAAAUGGACGGCAAAGCGGACCGCAAAACGGAACAAACCGCCCAACCGGAUGAGGCAUACAAAAUUGAACAUUUAAAGUAUCAUAAAAAAUUGAAAAUGUCGAAUCUUUUUUCGAAGAAAAUUCUGAACAGAGAGUUUGAAGAUAACGUGUUGAGGCUGCCCAAAAGUUGUGGCGACGCAGAAUACGAUGGGGGAACCGUGUCGUCUGUUUCUUUCCACACAAGGGACCGCCUCUUCGAGCUGAGAAAAAAUCGCGUAGCAUCAUACAUUCCUGCUGCGAGAGGGGGGAAGGAGUACGACGGAGGGGCAGGCUUCCUCCCCGGGGAAGAAGACGAAAUGGAGCUACUCCAACGCAGUAGAAGGAAAGAGAAGAUACACUACGAUGUGCACAGUGAGUAUGCCAAACUGAUCCUAAAGAGCAAUGAAUUCUUUGAUGACCUCCUGGAGCUAUUCAUUUUAUUAAUAACAAAGAAGCACCCCAUUUUAAAUAAGUACACAAUUAUCUACAUUUACGAGUGCCUCUACACGCUGCUGAAUAUAUAUCACUACAACUACAUGCAUAGUGGAGAAGAGAACAGCAUUGGGCAGACAAAGAAUAUGUUCCUCUCCCUCAUGAAGCGAAUCGAUCAGGAGGUACUUAACGAUUUUAUAUGCAACCUUUUUAUGGACUCAUACAAGAGUUUCAUCACAAAUAGGAAUUUCAUCAUUCCGGUCUACUUCUACACCAAUGUGUACAAGUUUAUUGAUUACAACACGGAGGUGUUUCUCUACACAGAUAGGGAAGCCUCCUCAGAGCAGCGUAUCUUUGACAAUUCAGGCGCGACCGCCUUGAUGGAUGACCCAUUCGAGGAGGACACCGACGGAGGGAAGAAUCUGCUGAGCUUCCAUUUCAAGGAUAAGCUGAAGAAUAAAAUCCAUCUGAAUAAUCGCAGCCUGAACAUAUACGAGGAAUCCUUCUGCUGCAAUUUCUUCUACAAUCGAAAUGACUUAAACGUGUUAAGCAUCAACUUGCUCAUCUUCCUUCUGAACAAGAUAGGGAUACAUGAGAUCGACAUUAAGAUAGACGAGCAGAAUAUAAAGAAACUCAUUAAGGGAAAUCUAUUUCUGAUUAACCAUACAAAGGAACAGAACCACAAUAAUGAAAAAAUUCUACACACAUGCUUUUUACUCAGCUCCCUCUGUGACACUACCUACCUCAACGAAUUUGUACAAAAGGCUGAUCUGUUCAAUUUAUUCCUAAGUAGCAACAUUUUUGACCAUCUAUAUGAAUAUAAAUUUCAUUACCUCUGUCCGAGUAUUUCCUUCUUAACUUUCCCGACCAACUUUCUGGACAACAAAAAUAUUUAUCUCCCCCUUCCGUCUCUCAUCAUUUCCUACGUCACGGUCAUCUUAAAGAUUGUGGACAAGAAGGGUCUCCAUUUAUUUAAAUGGAUUGGAAGCUGGGUCAUUAAGAAUAUCCACAUCUUUGUCAACCACCUGAUUGUUAAUAACUAUCUGAUCAAGUCCAAGGAGAUCAGUCAUGAGGUGAAUAAUUUCACGACGUAUAAUCACGAGUUGGUGUAUAAGUGCCUGUGUUAUGCUUCUACGUGUAACUUUUCGAAGCAGGGCGGGGCGGAAGCAGCCGCUGGAAGGGGUAGAAGUGGUGGAAGAGGUGGAAGCGGACGAAGUGGUGGACGUGGUGGAUGUGACACUGGCGAAGAUGGCCACCCUCGUGACCGCUGUCCCCCGCAGGGGGAAGAGGCAGCCGAGUCAUGGACCCAGCCGGGGCAGCGCCACGCGCAGCGAGACUGGCUGCGCGACCCACAGAAAGACAGAGCCAACUCGGAGGAAUCCAUAAACCACACAACCAUGGGGGUAGUUAAUUUAGACAUCAUUUAUGCCAGCACGUACUACCUGCUGAGGCUGUAUAAAAACUAUCUCCUGUACAUACACCAAAACUACCUGACGUUGAAGAAGCUGAAAAUAAUGAGGACGAAGCGGGGGGGAAAAGGACUUACUUCCAGAAGUGUCGGUGCGAAGAAGAAGCGAAGCGGCAACGGGGUCAUGACGAUGAUGAUGGGACAGGGAUUAAUCCAAUCGGACGAUGAGGAGGCGGUUUCUCAGGGAGGAAACAUUGUGGAGGACGCUUCAGACGAUAGCGAAGACGAUGGCGCGAGUGGAAAUGACAGCACAGGGGAGGAAGAGCAGGGAAACCAUUACCCCCUUGGACUAAUAAACCCAAGGGGCAGAAAAGGUGCACUGAAUACCCCCCAAGGAGAGGUCUACCGCCACGGUGACUAUGAUUACUACUACAACGGGGAGCAGCCCCCGGCUCAGUAUGGAUCCAUUGACCAGCAUGAUGCGCAGAGGAGGAGAAGCAGAAGUGGAAAAAGCAGAAGAACCAUCCGGAUGGACUCCUCCCUACCAAGCAAAAACUACCCGUCCAGCGCUGAUGGCCUGUUUAUCGAAAAGGGGAUCUACAAUCCGGCAGGCACGUAUCCUUCCCACGUGGAGCAGUACACACACCAUGCGUCCAAUGGGGAAGAAGAAGCAGCCCACAGCGGAGGAGACAGCGAAGGGGAAGAAGACAUCUCACUGGACGCAUCGCUCGACACAUCACUGGACGCCCCACUCGACGCAUCGCUAAAAUUCGAAUACAACGAGAUUUCCCUGAACAUAUGCAACCUAAUCAAGGAGCACAACUACAUCCUCCAUUACAUUAAAGACCUCCUAAGUAUCCUCUCCAUCUUUGUAGUAUACGACAUCAGCUUGAGUGAUGAAAAUGAAUUACUGAACAAAAAUCUGAACAAGACUAUGCUGGAGAAGCGAAGAAAAAGCAUAAGGACGCAUCGCAUUCUGCAAAACAUCAUCCCAAAGUAUUCCAUCAAAUUUCAUUGCAUCAACCUAUGUCUAGACAUCAUCGAAUAUGACAUCGGAUUGUAUGAUGAGUAUGUCCAGGAAUCCAAGACAAAAUAUUCUGAAUACAUAAAAAUGAUCUUAAAGGUCUUUAUGAACACUUCUUUCUAUUUCAUCAAUUUGAUAAAAUUCGAAAACUUCUCCAUGCUCAAGAGUGUUUCCUUGGCGAUGAAGAAAUUGACCAAUAUCAUUUACUUUUUAUUGAACAAUCUGACUUCGAAGGAGAAGUCUCCUGAGCAGAAGUUUAUGCUGAACUGGUUCAUCUAUGACAGGGGGUGGGGGGGGGAGAACGUCAAGAAGUUUUUCGAGAACAUAGAAAUCGACAUUCACGUCAUGAAGAAGAUACUUACCUGCGUCAUCUACUUCACCUACGCUAUGCUUAACAACCAGAAAGUCAAUCAGAUUAACAUCGAAAGUAUCAAUCUCAAGCAUAUUAACCGCAUCGAUUUGAAGAAGUUGGCCAACUCCUACUUGGAGAAGAACAACAUUCUCAACGUCUUCACCUUCAUCCUGCAGCGCUCCACGCAGAUUUACUACCUUAUGUAUAACUACGCGGCGGGGGGGAAGCGGUAG